UCUCAUUCCAGCCGCAGCGAACAAUCAGCUCUCAGUUAUUUAUUGGUGCGGGUCGCGCUCCGCUCGGCUCAGUCUGCUGCGGACAGUUUUACAUGGAGGAGAUCAAGAGGAGGAAGAAACACGGGGAGAUUUGUGGACUAACUUUGCUGAAUUAAGCGCAGAAAACUGAACGAAUACGUCGAGUUACGUUUGCUGUUGUUUUGUGUAAUGACGAGAGGUUAUCUGGAUAUCUGACUCGUCUAUCUCUCAGACUUCUCUCGUCGGCUGUUUCUGAACUAAUAUCCAGUUUAUUGAAAUGAGAACCGCUGAGGACUCAUCUGGAACGGUCCUACACCGGCUUAUUCAGGAGCAGCUCCGUUACGGGAACCUGACGGACACUCGCACACUCCUGGCCAUCCAGCAGCAGGCCCUGCGCGGUGGAGGCAGCAGUGGUGGCGGAAGCGCCGGGAGUCCUCGCUCCUCUCUGGAGAGCCUGACUCAGGACGAGUCUCAGUACAUGCAAAUGUCCGCACGGCAGGAGCCUCAGGGCCAGGAGCACCACGGGGAUGGUCUGCACUCUGAGAGCCAGGUGUGCCAUCUGUACCAGCUCCAUGGAGAGGAGCUGCCCACAUACGAGGAGGCCAAAGCCCACUCACAGUACCUGAUCUCCCAGCAGGCCGAGCAGGAGGCCCCCAGCAUGGACAUUAUGGGGGGACACAGUGAGGGACAGUGGGAUCUGAAGAGGGAGCACGCUCGCUCCCUCAGUGAGAGGCUCAUGCAGCUUUCUUUGGAGAGGAACGGAGCCCGACAGAGUGCAGCUAUGAGCUCCUCACGCAGUUAUCCACAGCUGUACAGCGAUAAUGUAACAAACUCUGUGAGUCAUGAAGGGAUCCAUCAGAGUGUGGACCAGCGAGCGCCGCCCCCGGACUAUCCUGUCUUUGCCAGACUUCCUGGAUAUAUGCUGAGCCACUCGCAGGAGCAUGUACAGUACUACAGAGACCCUCCUCCACCCUUUUACGCUCAGCAUCACAGCAGGUACGUGUCUGCUCAGUCCCAGGUGGCUCACAACAACGGCAACACAAUCCCAGCCUCCAGCAGUAACUCAGCUCAGACUGAUGCGUUGAUGCGGGAGAACGAGCGGCUCAGGCAGGAGCUGGAGGUCUACGCAGAGAAGGCCGCUCGGCUGCAGAAGUUGGAGUUGGAGAUUCAAAGGAUUUCUGAAGCGUAUGAGACUUUGAUGAAAGGAUCUGCAAAGCGGGAGACGCUGGAGAAAACAAUGAGGAAUAAGCUAGAGGCCGAGAUUAAGAGGAUGCACGACUUUAACAGAGACCUGAGAGAACAACUUGAGACAGCCACCAGACAGCGAACUGCCAAGGAGGCUGAGUGUUCAGACCAGAGACAGCAAGUCUUUGUUAAACUGCUCGAGCAAAACGAAGAGCAGCAGAGGGAGCGUGAACAGCUGGAGUGUCAGAUACAGCACCUGCGUGUCUCCGGGGAGGAGAGCCAGAGGAGACGGGAGAUUCUCGAGCAGGCUCUGGCCACGACUCAAGCCAGAAACAGGCAGUUGGAGGAAGAGCUGCAGCGGAAGAGAGCCUAUGUGGAGAAAGUGGAGCGGCUGCAGAGUGCGCUGGCUCAGCUGCAGGCGGCGUGCGAGAAGAGAGAAGCGCUCGAGCUGCGGCUGCGCACAAGACUGGAGCAGGAGCUGAAAAGCCUCAGAGCACAACAGUUUCAGAACCAGGCAGCCUACUCUUCAGCUUCAGAACUGAGCUCGUCCACGUUGCAGCAGCAGCAGCUGAGGGAGAAAGAGGAGCGUAUUCUGGCUCUGGAGGCGGACAUCACUAAGUGGGAGCAGAAGUACCUGGAGGAGAGCACCAUGAGGCAGUUUGCAAUGGAUGCAGCUGCAACUGCUGCAGCACAGAGGGAUACAACCAUCAUAAAUCAUUCCCCUCGGCAUUCACCCAACAACAGCUUUAAUGAAGACCUGCCUUUGUCUAGUCAAAGACAUCAGGAGAUGGAGAAAAGGAUUCGUGCGCUCCAUGCUCAGCUCCUGGAGAAGGAUGCUGUGAUCAAAGUCCUCCAGCAGCGCUCUAGAUGGGAACAGGGCAGGCUUCGUCUUGCCAGGUCCGUCCCCUCCAUCCACACUGUGGCGGGCAGCACGGAGAGUAAAGGAAAGAGCCUCUCAGAUGACCAGACAGGUGCUCCUGCUCUGCAAAUCCAAUCCCUGGGGGUGCCCAAGCGCCCGAGUCGAGACUCCAGCACCCAAAGUGACGAGUCCACAGCAGAGCCUAGCAAGCUAAAGACACCUGAAGUUAUUCCAUCAACUACGACGAACGCCUCGGAGGAGCCAAAGGCAGCACUCAAGACAUUCAAGAGCAUCAACAGCUCAGACGCGGAGGUGGUUGAAAUCCUCAUUUGAGUGCUCACUGCAGCCGAUACGAGGGAGUGAUGACAGAGACUCUCGGCCCGAGUUGUUAAAAGGCCUUCGUGACGUCUGGCUACAAGUAACGAACGACUGACCGUCUGUCGUCAAAGUAAAUGAACAUGCAGAGUCCAGCAUGAGUCGCAGUAUCAAGGGGAGAGCUGAGCUCUACUUCAACUGUGCAAUUGACUCACGAGUCAGAAUUCUUCAAGGUACCCGGACAGUGUUGUGUGUGUUGAUAGGAAAUGGACAGGUUGUGCAUAUGUUGUGCGUGUCACUUUUUUAUGUAUUUUAUUUAUAUUUAUAUUAUUAAGUGCUGCUCAUAUUGUGAUGUUGUUUGUUGUUUGAGAUGUAAGAUGAACAAGGAUCAUUUGUCCUGCUCUGCUCCAUUUAAAUUAUAAACUAAUGUAGUCACUUUUCUGGAUUCAGUUCCCAACAUAUCUGUGUUUUUUUUGGAUUAUUUUAAAUCUCCAGUAGCGAUCCUAUUACCCUUCCCUUCGAGAUUAAUGGGAAUAUUUAUAAAAUGACUCGGUGUAAGCAUCCUUCCCGUGUCUCCAUGCAGUGUUUGAGGAUUACUCUGUUUAACAGAACAACUCAAACUUAAAUGAACAGUUGCUUCUCUCUUAAAAAUACAUUCGGGCCCCUGCUCACAGCUCAGUGGAGGAUUUGGAAACUUCCUUUGAAUGCGGAGCCUGCAGAACCUCUGCUCGUUUCUCUCUUAAAAAAGCCUGCGAGGAUUGACAGCAUUUCGCGGAGGUCUAAUUUUCCAUAUCCCAGGUUAAUGUUUGGGGGCCUCACAUGGCGGCUGCCCAACAUUUCUCUCCCCUCCGUUGACACGCUGGAGCUAAUCUUCUCACAUUCCCCUCACUGAGGGAAUGCUCCCGUUAAAGAAAAAAAGGCUAUCUAAAGUCUGACCCCUCGCCCUUGUUAAAAUGGCACACAUUCUCCACAUGAUUCCUUUUCUCGGGCUGGUUAUUUCUUCUGUGCCGUGGUGGCUGGUUCCACCACGAGCACAGAAACGGUCAACUAUAAUUGGCCUGCAUUUGCUCCUCUAUUUUUCGUUCCCAUCACUGUGUUAUAUUCAGCCAUGUUUUCUCCAUUGCUCAAGUAUCUUACAUAUCUGAGAGGACUUACACAGAAUUUUUCUAUUUAUUUCCCCCUUCAUGGUGCGGGAUCACUGAACAAUGCUGAAUGUAGACUCCUGUUUUCCAGGACUGUGUUUUAUAUUUAACUGGAAUGUGUCAUUAUUCAGAUUUCUUUAGAGGGGAAAAAACUCCCAAAAAAAAGAAGAAGAAAAAAGAAAGCUAAUAUAUUGUCCUGCAGUUCUGAAUUGUUGGAUUCCAUCUCGACAACAUUACCACAGGAGUAUCUGCGUCAAGUCUAACUGAUAUCACAUGAAAUGAAAGUGACUGGUAUUACCCUGAAGCUUCCCAUCAUAUUUCCCGCCACAAUGCAUUUGCUGGUCAAUGCGGUGUGUCCUUUGUUGUAACGCCCCUUCACUCUUUUCAGAAUGUGUUUACAUGAAUGGCUGUUUGAAGUGAGAGAAGUUAAUAUAUUCUGUUUGUGUUUUUUCAUUUAUAUACUGUAUUCGUAUUGUUUUCUGGUGCCAAAGAUGUACUCUAUGUUUAAGUUAUAGCUGUUGAAAAAAAAAAAAAGGUCCUAUAAAGGUGCCUUGCUUCAGCUGGUUGAACCAUUUUGUUGUGGCUGUGAACUUUUGUAAAGGAAACAUUUGUAUGUACACCUUAACAUUUCACUACGAUAGAUUAAAAUUCUUAAUAUAUGUCCU